GAGCUGCAGACUAACUGAGGAAGUGAGGAAGACAACAUACCAGAUUUCUGAGAUAAUCAAGAUCAACACCUGUGCAAGAUGGAGCACGGCCAGGCGACUAACCGCGUCGACGAGUACGGCAACCCGGUGGCCGGGCAUGGCGUCGGCACCGGCAUGGGGGCGCACGGCGGCGUGCGCACCGGCGCGGCCGCUGGUGGGCAUUUCCAGCCCACGAGAGAGGAGCACAAGGCCGGAGGGAUCCUGCAGCGGUCCGGCAGCUCUAGUAGCUCCAGCUCGUCUGAGGAUGAUGGCAUGGGCGGGAGGAGGAAGAAGGGCAUCAAGGAUAAGAUAAAGGAGAAGCUUCCGGGUGGCCACGGCGACCAGCAGCAGACCGCUGGCACCUACGGGCAGCAGGGUCACACCGGAAUGACCGGCACCGGGGCGCAUGGUACAGCAGCCAUUGGCGGCACCCACGGGCAGCAGGGACACACCGGAGUGACCGGCACGGGGACGCACGCCACCGACGGCACUGGCGAAAAGAAGGGCAUCAUGGACAAGAUCAAGGAGAAGCUGCCCGGACAGCACUGAGCCCGGCCCGCGGCCGCUGCUUGUGAAAGUUUGAGGUGCCGGUCUGGCGACCGUACCUUUGCAGAAUAAUAAAGUGAGCUAGCUCACUCGUAAUAUCUGAGUUCUGAGUUUGGUGGACUUGAAUUUGGGUUGCUUGUAUGUACCCGGGACGUUUUGUACUCUGUACUUCGAUGUGUGAAUUUUCUUUUGGUUGUACCGUGUAUGUAUGUAUGUAUGGGAAUAUAUAUCAUGGUAUAAUACAAUAUAUUUUGCCCUUUUACA